UCCGCGUCUCCUGGUCGGCCAUUUUGGCUUGAGAACUAAUGUCAAAAUCUUUUUCUGCUCACAGUUUAAAGCUCUGAAAGGGCCAGAGCUGAGGCAGGGCUGCUGAAGGAGGAAGGGUAUUAGGGCAUCUAUGGAUGCAGGACGAUGCAUCGCCAUCCAAAGAUCACAUUUCCACUCUGACAGCCUACAGAACGCAGGUCUGAUCACAGAUUGCUGUUUGUUUGUAUCUCACAGUAUUACUGGUGCUUGUGUUGUAAUGUGAGACAGCCUUGUGGAUGGAUGGGAUAUUUGACCACUGACCACUUGAUCUAGUAAACCAAUGUGUGUAAACCGGUCUCUGCAUCCCAACUAAGGAAACACACCAUUUGACUGAAGGCUCUCUCUCUCUUUCGUCUGUCAGCUGCAGUCAUGUUCUGGAAGUUCGACCUGCACAACUCCUCUCAGAUUGAGAAGCUCUUGGAGAAGGAGGACGUGACCCUACAGGAGCUGCUGGAUGAAGAAGAUGUGCUGCAGGAGUGCAAGGCCCAGAAUCAGCGCCUCCUCCUCUUCCUCUCCCGGGACAGCAGCAUGCUGGAUCUCCUCAACCUCAUCACGCACGAGCCCCCUGCUGACCGGGAGGAGAGACUGCGCUACAAGUUUGCUAAUGUAGCAUGUGAGUUGUUGACAUGUGAUGUGUCCCUCAUCAACGAUAAAGUUGGUGGGGACGAGUCUCUGCUGAACACACUCUAUAGUUUCCUAGAGCAGACGCCACCGCUGAACCCUCUACUGGCCUCCUUCUUCAGUAAGACCUUCGGCAACCUCAUCACCCGCAAAACAGAGCAGGUGAUCGGUUUCCUGAAGAAGAAGGAGGAUUUUAUAGGGCAGGUGUUGAAACACUUGGACACGUCGGCCAUGAUGGAUCUGGUGCUGCGUCUCAUUAGCAGCGUGGAGCCCGUCUGUCUCAGACAGGAAGUGCUUACUUGGCUGAAUGAAGAGUUUCUGAUCCUUUUAUUCAUUACGGAAGGCAGUCAAACGCGCUCCACCAACACUGGUGCCCCUCAGGCGCUGUGUGACAUCAUCCGUCUGAAGCCAGAGAUCAUCGGUCUCAUCCAGGACACGAGUCUGCGUGAGCAGCUGGCUCAGCUGCUGUGUGUGUGUUUCAGACAGCAGAGCAUUGACGUCCUAUUGAAGAACAUGUUUGAAGGGGAAAAGAGUGAAGUGUGCAUUGUCAAUGGAACGCAAGUUUUACUCACACUGUUGGAAACUCGUAGACCGUGUGUUGAGCAGGUGAUUGACCCGUGCUCUCAGGGAUUGGAAAAGUCUUACACUGUAAACAACAGCAUUUUAAUGGCCAUCCAAACACAUCUAAAGCACUUUCACCACCUUCUGUUAAACCCACCCAAGAAAUGUGUGAUGUUGACCACGAUGGGCAUUCUGGAGGAGCCGUUUGGCAACGCACGACUGCAUGGGUCCAGACUGAUGGCUGCUCUCUUGUACACCAGAGCUCCCAGAAUCCACCACGAACUCUGCCAACUGAACAUGAUCAACCUGCUGCUGGAUUUGUUUUUUAAAUUUUCUUGGAAUAACUUCCUACACAUCCAAGUGGAGCACUGUGUCUCUGCCAUCCUUAACCAGCCGACAACCAACGGGAAAACACACGACAGUCCAGAUCAGAUUCAGCUGGAAACAAAAGACACACAAAACUCAGACAAAUCUGACAUGUUCACACACUGUGACCUGAUAAAGCAUCUACUGAAGGACUGCAGACUAGUUCAGAGGAUUUUGGAUGCUUGGGAAGAAAAUGACAAAACACAGGAAGCUGGAGGCAUGAGAAAAGGCUAUAUGGGUCAUCUAACCAGGAUUGCCAAUACAGUGGUGCAGAAUGCAGAGAGAGAACAGGAACAGACCCAAAUCUCACAGCUAAUAAAAGAUCUACCAGAGGACUAUAAAGCACGCUGGGAACAGUUUGUGAAUGAAACACUAACAGAAACUAACAAGAAAAACACAGCAGACCUGGUGUUCUCCGACUAUCAGAUCCAGGAGAUGACAGCGAACUUUGUUGAUCAGUUUGGACUGAAUGAUGAUGAAUUCGGAGAGCAUGACAGCAGCAUCAGUGCCACGUUCGAUCGAAUUACGGAGAUCAACUUUAAACUGGUUGAUGAGAGGGUGAGCGCUGCCAUCUUUGAGACUCACACGAAGGAGCGAAUCCGACCGUUUGAUGAUGCUGAGGAGGAGGAAGAUAUUUGGGAGGAUAAAGAAAUCAAUUAUGCAACACAAGUGAAAGCCAGAAGCAGGUUUGGAUUGGUGACAAACACUCAGAAGAAUGAGGCGGAUGGUGGCUCUCGCAGAUUGCUGGGGUCACCUGACAUGGAGUGGUUUCCGGAGACCAAACAAACUCCAGAAAAGGCCAAGAACCAGGACACGGACAAGCAGUCCAGUGAUCCGCAGAGUCCUGGAUGGAUAGCUUUUGAAGACGACUUCAGCUGUCGGGAUUUCGCGAGUAUCGCCAUGGAUACAGGCUCCAGCGUGUGGGGGAGCUCUACCGCCCAGCUCAGUGAGACGGAGGAGAAGGGAUGGGCGACUUUCACGGACUUCCAGCCCUUCUGCUGUUCAGAUGCAGGACCCAGAUGCAGUUCACCUGUGGACUCAGAGAAUCCAAACAAACAGAGCCAAAAUGAAGAAACUAAAGGCUCAACAGCGUGUGUGUGGAGUGUGUGUGGGGCGAGGAAGGCUCCACUGGUGGCGUCCGACAGCAGCUCCAGUGGGUCAGACAGUGAGGAAGAGGAGGACAGAACCAACAUCAUCACAGAGAGCAUCGCCACGCCCAAUGCCAAGGAAAGCGCUAAACUCAGUGUAGAUGCAAAAAAUGAGAAAGCCGUCUUCAUCAGAAAGAAAAACAGUCUACAUUUAGUCCCAUCUGCUGAGGUCAAACCUUACCUGAAAGAUCACUUCCUGUCCAGACGCAUCACUGAUCUCGACCUUCUGACCCUCUCUGCCCUGCCACAUGGCCUCGACCAGCAGGAGUGGAUAGCAACAAACACGGUGUCGUUUUUCCAGCACACUACCCUCUUCUUCAGCACUCUGUCUGAUUGUUGCUCAAUUACAACGUGUCCGGCGGCCAAAAGCUCAGGAAACCUUUUGUAUGAAUGGACAGACGAUCAGGGGAAGAAACUGAAGUGUUCAGCUCCGAUCUACAUCGACUAUGCCUUGUCCUACAUCCAGGAGAUACUCACAGAUGAGCGUGUGUUUCCCACUAAGGCCGGGUCAUCGUUCCCUUCUGGAUUCAUGUUCCUGAUUCAGAAGAUCUUUGUGAUGCUCUUCCGUGCGUUGGCUCACCUGUUCAGCGUUCACUACCAAGAAGCCAUCGCUGUGGAGUUACACCCGCACCUCAACACGCUCUUCACACACUUCAUCACCUUCAGCCACACGUUCAGACUGCUGGAGCCCUCAGAGACGGCACCGAUCGACGAGCUCAUCGGAUUGCUCACAUGCUGACACACAAACACACGGAAACACAAGGAAUACACACGUGAGCCUGUGAAUCAUACAAUUCACAAAUGGGACACUCUAUAGCUUUGGCACCUAAUGGACACGUGUAAGUGAAGACCACAAGACUGUAAGUCCACACGUCCACAUCAAGUGCACUAUUUAGGACAGGUCCUUUUUUUUUUUUUUUUGAUGUUACAUGAAGAAUCCCUUUGAUGUUUUGUCCCAGUAGAACUAGAAUGUGUUAAUCAACUUCAGACUAAGCUCUGAUUGGACAGUGCAGAUGGCCCCGCCUAUGAGUAGUUUUUCAGUGCCAGCUGUGAACGGUGGGCAAUUUUCUUUUGGCGGGAUGCAAUUUUUAGGAAUCUGGGAGCACUGGGAAAUUUCAACUGUGAAUUGUAGCCAAAUUAUUCCCUCUUUGUAUGGUUGUCUGCCACAACCAAUGAAAAAACAAUGUUUGGGGAGAAAAAAAUGCUUUUGCAAAAAGAUACACUGUCAUUUAAAAGUUUAAGCUCACAUUUUUUUAUUUUUUUGCUGAAAGAAAUUACUACUAUUCAUCAAGGAUGCAUUAAAUUGAUCAAAAGUGAGUCAGUGACAGUAAAUAAAUCUAUGUUACAAAUACUUUUAUAAUGUUACAAAAUAUUUUGGUUUUAAAAAAAAAAAAAAAUCUGUACUUUUCUAUGUAUUAAAGUAUCCGGCGGGGAAAUGUCUCACAGUUUUAAACAUAUUAAGCAACACAACUGUUUUCAACAUUGAUAAUGGCUGCUGAAAUAUCACAGGACUAAAAUAUAUAAAAACACAAAACAUAUAUAUUAAAUUGUAAUAAUAUUACUGUUUUCAUUUAUUUUUGAUCAAAUAAAUGCAGACUUGAACAUAAUCACUACGAUAAGCCUAAUUCACACAAAACACCUAGAAUUAUACUGUGAUAGAACAAUAUGUACGUUAGCCAUAAUAUACUGCUGAUGGUCUUAUACUGGUUUAGCGCUGGUUUAGCGCUGGUUCGUGUUCCUGUGUGUUGAAAGAGAGAGGAAUAUGAGGAUAAAGAGAGAGAUCAGAUGUUUCUCCUGAAUCCUGAGCAUUCAUAAAUGAACAGCCCUGAGGAUAUUAGAAAUAUACACAUGAAUACACACCGUGGAGAGCUGGUCUGACUGGUUCCCGAGAGGAAUUAGAUCCGUUUAUACACACUCACUACAUCCAGCCAUUGUCAUCAGUGCAUUUAUUUAUUUGCCUUUUUAUCCUCUGCGAAGUAUUUUAGUAAGAAGGAACUGAAUUUUAGGAUGACAGACUGUUACAUUUGUCAAACACACAAAAUAGUGUUUUAGUAUACUAGCCUAUUAUACAUUGUCUACAUAGUAUAUACUGUAUACUGCUUUAAAAAAAAAACUAGCUUGUCAUUUCCCAGACAGCACACGUAUACGUCUGCAAGAUGUCUGUUAAAGAUCACUUAAUCUGGAAAGCAUCUGCUGUGUAGCUAAACAUCUGAUGGACGUCUUUCAGAUGUCAGUUUUACAUACAUUAUA